AUGGUUGGGACGGCCCCGUCGCACAUCUUUUCGCCUUCCGCGACACCCCAACCUCACUCCAUCUCGUCGGCGCGGCCAGGCAAGCGCAGCAGGGUCAUCGUCGACGAUGGUGAGACGGACUCGGGGACGAUUGGCGUGGUGCACCUAAGACUAAACACCUCACCAAACCUCGAUUGCCCCCUCCGUGCCGCCGCCGCCGUGGUCGUUGUCGACCGCAGGGCCAGACAGUUCUAG